AUGGCGAGUGUCGGAAAUAAAUUUUCUCCAAGAUAUGGUAUUUAUAAGUUAUCAAGAAGAGGUAAAAAAUUACAGCUAUCUGACGAUCAAAGAAUGUUGGUGGCUUUGCCCAAAGAUGUACCUGAACGCACGUGGGCAGAAAUUCUUCAAAAAGAGGAAACUGAUCUCAUGAUCUUCGAUAUCCGUGAGGAGAUACUAGAAUCAGCAAUGGAAAUAUGCUACGAAAAGAACUUUUUUCGUCACGAUCCCGGAGAAGAUCCUAGUGCGUAUCCACCAUGCCAUAUUCCCAAACGUAAAGAAUCCUGGAUACCGGAUGAACUCCCAGAUCCAUCUCCCAAGGACACUUGGUGCAAACAAGAGUUGAAUGUCCUGGAAGAAUACGAGGAAGAAGUUCUGAAGAAGUGGCCCAGCAGUUCCUCUAUCGAUUUCCCUGUGAUUGAUGAUAUUCCUGAAGAAUAUUGGUUUCCUGGCAGAGUUAAUAUUCCCGUAGAAACGGCGGAGACUUCAGAAGAAUCCACGAAAACUAUUACUUAUGAAUCAGAAUCUGCAAGUUCAACUGGCAACAUUGGCACAGAGAGCGAAGUGUUACAGAAGAUCACUACUUACAGCCCUGGAGAGGUAUCUGCUAAGGAAUCUUCAUUGAGCGCUUUAAAGACCACUACACCAAUACACGGAUCAUUGGAAGGCGCCGGAGAUUCUACUGUGGACAAGCUACGCCCUAAGAGAAGAUUUACAGUGAAAAGCAAGCAUUUUAGUAAAGCUAGUGUUCUGGGAAGAUCGAAGGCUACGCUUCCACCACUGGAUGGCGACUCUAGAUCUCGCAUCAGCAUCAUAUCGGACUGUCGGCUGAGGAACUUAAGGUUGGACACCCAAUAUGAGAUAACGUCUGAGAAGAUCCAAACGCCUCCAGGCGAAAUGGUAAAACGAAAA